UGCAGACGUUUCCUGGUCAUCUCUGAAUCAGUUGCUCAGUUAGCAGAUGAUAUCACCCAUAUUAACCUAUACAAUGAGCCAGAGUAAGGAGGAACAGACAUUUUUGAGUUUGGAAAUUCAGGAAAGUGACACCACUGGAACAAAAAGGACUAUAAACAAAUACUUUCUGUUGAAAAAAUGCCUUGUACAUAUUUUUGCUGAGUACAAGGUGGAUUUUCAUGCACUGUUGGUCACUAGUUCUUGGUUGGUUUAAUAUCCUUGGAGACUGAAAUUUUUACUUUUUUGUCUUAAAGUCUGUUUAAAGGAUUUUUCUCUAAAUAAUGACUACAUGUCCAAAAUUCAGUGAAAUAUAUAAAACUAACAGAAUAGAUAUUCAGUGGGCACAGCCUGGCAGUGGAGACAGGACAGAACAGGAUGGAGAAGCUGGAGAAACAGUUGCAUGACUAAAUAACAAGAAAUCCUAUCUUGUAGGCUACUGGGUGGUCCUGGGUGGGACUGUUGCACUUUAUGGGUCAUGAACGUGCCUCAGGGAUGGGGAGGUUUCUGUUGGCUGGUUUUACAGUGUCUCAUCCUUCACUAGUGACCCCUGCAGGUUGAUUGGGUCUCUGGAAGUCUGCAUGUUGAGUUACACACACAGAGUCCGAUUUACUGUAUGUUACGUCGUCUGCCGCGCCUUCACCUUGUAGAUCUUUUAAUUUUGUACAAUCUUUGGAGCCGUGAUUUGUCAAUGACAUUUGGAAAUGGACUGCAUUUUAUCCAAAGAGCUUUACAAUUGAUGCCUAUCAUUCACCAGAGCAGUUAGGGGUUAGGUGUCUUGCUCAGGGACACUUCGACACGCCCAGGGCUGGGUUCGAACCGGCAACCCUCCGACUGCCAGACAACUGCUCUUACCUCCUGAGCUAUGUCACCCCUACAUUUCUCAGCUGUUACCGGUUUCUCACUCAGCAGGCAUUUGCAUGCCCUUCACUCAUUGCUGUUAUUGUGUGCACCUGUUUCCACUGUUUAUAUUCCCUGUUCACCAGUCACUCAGUGUGAGAUUUUUGCCCCAGUUUACUGAGCCAGUCAAGCGUUUGUUCCUGGUAUUCUGAUUGCCUGUUCGUUUUGAUCCUUGCCUGUUUCCUGACCACCGAUUUCUGCCUGCCUGUUUCCCGACCAGCCUGUCUCGUUUUGACCCUGAUUCUUCGCCUGCCAUUUAUGUACCUUUGCCGCGAACUGCCCUGUACACCAACCUUCGCCUGUUACUGGACUACGGACCUGCUUCUGCCCCUUUUGUACUGUUGCUCCGCUGCCGGAUUUAUUGGAUUACGAACUUUGCCUGGACUUUGACUUACAAGACAUAUUGGUCCCUUUUGUACUGUUGCUUCGCUGCUUGAUUUACUGGUUUACAAACUUUGCCUGGACUUUGAUUACGAGACUCAUUAUUCCCUUUUGUACUGUGCAUCGCUGAUUGAUUUCCUGGAUCACAAACUGUUGCCUGUUAUACUGACUAUGAGUGUGCUUAUCCCCAAAAUAAAUCUCCGUUUUCAUUAUAACUUCAGUUUCGUCUGCAUUUGGGUCCUAAACUCUCUAGUUCGUCACACUGUAAGCAUUUCGCGACUGGUUUCAUAUGCAGAUAUGACACAUCCUGUCUCAGAAACGUGCGUGUUAUGUAUCAAACAGUUGCCUGGGACUGGAAGUGCAGUUUGUCAUCUACGUGAGCCAUCAGCAAGGUGCACUUCUCUCCUUAAUGCAUAUGUAUUUAAGAAAGGAUCACGUGAAUAAUUGGCAGAGAUAUUAUUAUUAAGUGUGGCUGAUUAUAUUUUGUCAAAUGACUGAAGUUCAUGCAGUUACUGUAUGGAGGGUUGCAGUAAUGAAGCAAUGCAGGUUAAGUACCUUACAACGGCAGUGCCCUACUGGGGAAUUGAAGCUAUAGCUUUCAGUAUUGACUGUAGGCUGCAUUUAGGCUGCCAGUUACCAUCCAAAACUGCCUAAAAAAACACAGAAAGCACAAAAAAGUCAUGUAACUGCGAAAAAUGGCAAGAAUCACAGAAUCCCUGCUAAUUCUGUGCACCCAGCCAUAGAAAUACUUUUUCUGUAACAAAUAAAAGAUGACCUGAAACCUCCCACACAACAUUCCCAUUCCAUCGCGGCAAUGGUCAACCUCCUUGCAACAUCUUACAGUCUAUCUUACAUCUGGAUAAUUUCAAUUGACAAUUACUACUGCAGCCAGAAUAUCACAGUCUGCAGUAUGCGCUGUUCAUAGCACUGAAUACGCUCUUAGGUACACCAGAAGACACAUCGAUUUCACUGCAAUUUCACUAAAAAGCGGCAGCAAUGUCAUGUGAUUCAUAGGAAAGCACAUGCUUUUCUGUGUGAAUCAUUUGUAGAGUUUGCAGCAGUGAGCACUGAUAGGCUAUAUAUCAAUGACUGGGAAUUCCAAAUUUGGGAGAAAAACCAGGAAAAGACCUAAAAUAUAUAUCGUUUCUUAAAUAAGAAAAUAUAUAUAAUUGAAUUUGAUAUUUAUUGUUUUUUACAAGGCCUAAAUAAAAUUUCCCACGUAAGGUGGCUUUUAUUCUCGGUGUCCAGUGCUUCAUGAGAUUGCUGUAGAAAACGAUCAAAUAAUUUGAUUUAACGAGUCACACACACCGAAUCUUCCAUUUUCAGUGUAGUAUAAUGUGGAGGUAACUGGGCUUGGUAGCCGGUUGAACUGAACACUGAGGUGCCCCUAAUCAAAGUUCUUAACCUGAAUGUCUUCAGUAUAGUGUAUGAAUCUGGCUGUAUAAAGGAAUAGUAUAUACAAAAAAGUAAUCAAUGUGUGUCAAUCUGGACUGGAGCAUCUGCUAAUUGCCAAAAGCAAGUGUAUACUUAUUCCAAUAAUACUAACCAAAAUAAACUGAAAAUAGAGAAGGAAUUUAGGCUAACUUAUUUGAUGUGAGAAGACACUAAUUUUAACACGGAGUAUCCCACACUUGCUGCUGAAUGACUUAUUUUUGGAUUUACUCAGGGUGUUAUGCAGAAAUAGCAGUAGGAAUUCCCCUUAAAAUGCAUGACUACAAGGGAGUAAUCACUACCCCCAUUUAUUCUGAAUCCUCCCACUGGCAGCGAAGAUUACAUUUUCCAAAUGAUUUUGUAAUUACCAAGAUGACGGAUGGUUCUGCUUUUGUGCUUUUAAAGACCUUGAAAUAAACAUCUGCCACAAGUUUAGAGGUUUUGUGCUUUACAUUUGUAAAUUUGGAGAAAGUUCGGCCAUUGAAAAGAACCAUGCUCAGCAGUUUCAGCAUUACUGUGGAGUAUACUGAAAAUGUACUGAAAUAAAGACAAGUUCUUGGUUCUCACAUUUACAAUUCAUUGCAGGAUACUGCAUUUCCAUAUUGGAUAUACUGCAGGUCCUGCGCACUUCUGAACAUGGACUGCAGAAAGAUCAAAUAUCGAUUUGCCUGUGUGAUGUUAGGUUGGGUAAGAAUAACUUAAUAGCAUAAUUAAACAGGACAUGCAAAUGUCAUAUACUGUAUGUGACAUAAGAGUGUUGUUGAGUUGGUGCUCAUCAUUGACCUGUAUGCUUUGUGGUUCAAGCAGAACCAUAUGAACAAAACAUGUAUUUGGCUAUGUCUGACUUUAUUAUAUUUAGUUAUUACUGCAUAUAUGUGCUAUGCACAAGAAAACAAAAUAACAACAACAACAACAACAAAGGUUUCUAUAGUGUUGAAUUAUUCCGGCAACUAUAAACUUGAACUCUAAAUGCAGUGCACUAUAACCAUAAGACAGUAGGUCAAACAUAACUUUGAUCACUGUGACAUUAACUUUGAUGUGAAUGUAAAUGCAAAGCUUUGUUUGUUUUUCACAAACCCAUUACUGGCAACUGAAAAAUCAUUCUAAAGAAGGGAAACGAAUCACUUGCUGCUAUCUGUAAGCCAUAGACUAUUUAAGGACAUUUAAUCCAGGCCAGUGAAUUGGAUGCAGUUCUCUGUUCUGCUCUGUUCUGAGCUUUGGAGAAGCUUGUGUCCUGUCAUGCUGUUGUCUCUGUUUACCCCUAUCCCUCAUUGUCGACUUGCGUUUCUUACCACAGUGAGAUUUCUCUGUUAGCGAGGAGCUAAAAAUAUGCAUGCAAAAACUGUUGCUAAUGCAGAAGGGUAAAGAAUUCACACAUCACAGCAUCAUGGGGGUGGUGUGGAGUAUAUGAUCACCACUGUCAUGUUUUGCCAUUAUGUCUUUCAUAUAUAUAUAUAUAUAUAUAUAUGAUUGUUCAUUGUGCCCUCCUGUGUCUCGUCAGUAUCGUGUCUAUUUAAGUUCCCUUCUUCCAUGACUCAGGUGCUGGAUCCUUUUGUGUGCGUUUUGGAUUGUGUUUCGGUUUGUGCUCCACCGUGUAUUUGUGACUCUGGGUUUUGCCCUGUGUGUUUUCCUCCCUGCCCGUGCUCUGUUUUGCAUUGUUUUUGAAUUUCUGCAUUUUCUCUGUUUUUGGGGCCGCGGCUAUGCCCCCUCUGGCGGAGAAGUACUCCCAGCCCAGUGCGCCGGAGCCUGUCGUUCCGCAGAAGCCUCCUGCCCGGCCCGCCGUCCCACAGGAGCCUCCUGCCCGGCUCGCCGUCCCGCAGGAGCCUCCUGCCCUGUCCGCCGUCCCGCAGGAUCUGCCUGCCCGUCCCGCAGGAGCUGCCUGCCCAGCCUGCCGUCCUGUAGAGGCCUCCAGAGCCGCCUCGAGCCCCGGAGAGGCCCCUUGCGUCGUCCAGUGCCCAGGAGAGGCCGCCUGUUCCGUCUGUUGUCCCGCAGGGGGCGCCGCGGCCUGCCCUGCCCGCUGUCCCGCAGGCGAAGCCACCUGCUUUUCUCAGUGUUCAUGCCUUGCCCAAUGUCCAUGCCUUGCCCAAUGUCCAGCCUCGCCCAAUGUCCAGCCUCGCCCAAUGUCCAGCCUCACCCAAUGUCCAUGCCUCGCCAAUCGUUUAUGCUUCGCCCAAUGUUUAUGCUUCGCCCAAUGUUCACGCCUUGCCCAGUGUUUAUGCUUUGCUAAAUGUUCAUGCUCCCCCCGUGUCCUCGCUCCCCCCCGUGUCCUCGUGCCCCCUAGUGUUCCUGCUCCAGUGUCCAGCUCGCCAGUGUUCCUGCUCCCUCUAGUGUUCAUGCUUCGCCCAGUGUUCUCGUGCCCCCUAGUGUCCGUGUGCCCCCUAGUGUCGCUGCCCCCACCCAGUGCCCAGAGACCUCGCCCCAUCCAUGUUCCCAACCAUGUGUCUGUCUGUUCACCUGCCCCCUUGUCUAUUUGUCUGCCUGCUUGCCUGUCUACCUGUUUGCCCGCCAGUAUGUUGGCCUGUUUAUCUGCCUCCCAGGCCGUCGGCCCGUCGGCCAAUCGGUUCUCCCGCCUGUCUGCCUGUCUGAGAUUGAGGAACCACAGGCUAUUCCCAGGAAAAAAACAAAAACAAAACCACCAGUCUGUGACAGAAAUGUGAGCUGUUGUGUGAUGCUCAGAACAGAAAGGACACUCCCCACUGUUCCCUGGGUCAGAUGUGCUAUGUGGGCAUUGGAGGCAACUGCCCCAUUGACAAUCCUCCCCUGGAAGUCCCCUGACGUUUUUGGUAGCGCUUGUUUGUAAAACACUCUCCAUGCCCCUCUUGGAAGACCCGUCCUUCUGAGAAGCAUGUGCUACUUUCUUUGUUUAGCAUAUUGUAAUGAAUUUAAGUGGCGUCUUUAAGUAAACAGCUUAUAAUAGUAUCUUCCCCGCACUCUCAAAAAAUCUUUUUGGGUUUUUAAAAGACAGUAGGUCACCCUCCUCCUGCCAUUCCCCAGCUUCAGCUGAUAUUUGAAAACCAGGAAAUACCAGCCUAUCACUCCCCUCCUGGGAAGCAGACCUAUUCUCACACAGUUCCCAAACUGCGACAGGCUCUGUUCCCCUUAUCCCAUCCAGGAAUUUUCCUAUGGUUCUGACAGAGUGAGACCGUAUCUGCUCUGCCACGGAGCACGCUGUCCUCCACCUCACUGGACCCUGCAGUUGAGUCAACUUACUGUAACUGACAGAACUACCUUCUGUCUUCCUGAUUACUGGAUUUACCUUGCAGCCACCAUAGUAGUUCCCUCCUCAGCCACACCUCCCAGGAAGCUAGUGAGUGGCUAACGCGUAAUUAGCUUGAUGUUCCAUUUUGUAUAUAUAUGGGCUCCGUCAGACAUGGCAUUUUAAAUCCGUCUCCCUUAGUUCUUUGUUUGCUUUCCUGCCCGCGGUGCGACCUAUGCUGAAAGGUAUGUGUUCCGUAUUAUUUACUUAACUCUUGUUGCGUAUGGGUGCUUUCAACGGUAUUUUUGGUAACAGGUGUUUGCUGGUCGACAUCUGCUUCCUGGUGGCUUGUGAGCGUGUUUGCCAUGGAAGGUCUGCGCUGUGAGACGCCAAACGGAGUAGCACGUCAUCGCUCGCGUUGUUUGGAAUGCAGAUAGAGGCAAAACGACACUACGGUUGCCUGCUCCGGUAUGUGUGUGCGUAUACAAAGCGAUUUAGAGCAAUAUUUGUGUGCUUCAUUACAGUUUGCAUUACUGUUAAAGGUGUAUGUGUAACCACAAGUAAUCUUGUGUUUUCUCCUUAGGAAGAUUUGUCACUGCUGCUUUGCCUAGCAUAAGCUUUUUGUUAUUGUGGUGCCUACCCACAGCUCUCAUCAGUCUGGGUAGUGAGUCAAGGGGCGGCUUCAUGUCACUGUACGGUGAAGUAUUAGGCCCCAGACUUUAUUUGGCCCAGUGGCCUUUUUCUUUUGCUUUUAUUAUUGGAUGGGCAAUUAGUGUAGUACUGGCUGCCCCAGUAUUUCCCCCCUUCAUUGUUACUGUUUUGUAAUUACUUAUUCCUCUCCUCCCUCUCCCAUAGCCUCCACAGUAUUGGGGCUGGUUGCCGGACUCGGGUCCCCUUCCCUCACUGCAUGCGGUGGUACUUUUGUAGUGGUAAAGUGCACUUCAUAAUUUACUGUGGUCACCUUUUGCAGUACGUGUGUGUGUGUGUGUGUAAGCAGGCACCUGGAUUAAGAGCACGUGUGGUGAAUCUCCCCUCCAGUGAAGGUAAACUCCCCGGCAGUCAGCCUGCUUCUUUCCCCCCUUCUCACUAUUGCUUCUUAUAUCUGGUGGCAGUCAGUACCCCCCUCUCGUGUUGCGGCCCGUGAUCUUUUAUAAUAUUGUAAUACUUUUAACUUUUGUAUGAAUAAACUAUUUUUAUACCUCUAUUCCUUUGUUUGCAAUCCUCUAUAUAUAUAUAUAUAUAUAUAUAUAUAUAUAUAUAUAU